UUAUAUAAAUAUAUUUCAUAACCUAAAUAUAAAUAAUUUAACAACUUAAAUUAAAAGAAAGUAAAAAUCCCGGGCGUAGCCCGGGUUAAUCCCUAGUCUUAUACAAUAAAGUUGGGUUUAGUCUCUCCUCAUGAAGCCACCUCAUCUCUUUACAUAGGGCAUUUGUUGACACAUGGCAUGCUCUCUUUAAUAACUAUCAAGUAUCGAACUAAAAAUCUAAUAUUAGGCCUUUCAAAUAAUCUAAACCCAGAAAAAACUAAAAUUUUAAGCCCACCAACAAUGUGCAGAUCAGAGUUCUUCUCUGCUCUGCGUAGCCCCCCUCGAAUCUGAUCCCCUUCAUUCUGUUGACGGAAUAACUCCUAUUGAUGAUGGGUGCAAUCAAUUAACCCCAUUAUCUGUUCUUCAAUGCCGACUUCUCACCUCCCACAUCAACGGAUGCUACUACAUAUUUGUCAUCAAAGUGCUCAUGAGAAAUCACAAAUCUUCUUCAAAUCAUAAUAGCCUAAAAACCCUAGAAGAAUACCAUCCAGGAACGGCAAGAAUGCAGUUGUUACACGUCUUCUGCGGUUUUGGGAGGCUAGGAAUGUAAAGAAAGGACGAGAGCUCACGUCUUCCUCGAUGAGAAGGUAACCAUUAAUGAACUUCAUUAGCUGUAUUUGUUCCAUAUUUCUGCUUCAUCUCUCGAAAGCUGGGAAUUGAAAAUCAACUUAAUAUUUUGCAGUCUACGCUGGUCCAAGGGUCAACUGGUGCUUAUAGACUGAACCGGUCCUUACACAAAACUUAUACCAUAACAAAUCUAAAUGUUUCUCUUACAGUUCCCUGAUUUCUUGCAUAACAUAUGCUCUGUUUUCUUUGUGUAUGUAGCUAUACUUCAAGGAUUCUCAGUUCAGAGAAGGGGACAGAGCAGAGUAUCAGUUCAGAAUCACAGCUACUGUACUCGACAAUGUAACUCAGGUUCCUCUAUAGUUUUAAAUCCAUUCUUGAGAAAUUCUUUCUCGGAUCAUUAAUUGAUGUGUUUAUAAACCUUCAGGUUACUAAUCUAUUUUAAAUUCAAGGAACUCAUCCUAAAGGUUUCUUUGAAUCGAUUAGGCUAACAUGGACUAAACUCCUGAAUGGUUUAGUAGAUUUUAUCACCAGAUAAACUUACAGGUUACACACUUUUGCUAGAAUUUUCUGUUGAUUUUCUUUGAAAAUUAAUCAAUACUCUAUGCAGAAACAAAUGCUUAAGUUUCUUCGACUUCAGCUGUCAUGUUCAAUACAUGUGCUUAAGCUGGAUGGUUAUGUUCGUUCUCCUCGCUCUCUUCCCAACCAGUAUGGUAACAGUAAAUGACUGAUGCUUGGAAGUUACAAGUAAUUGAGCUUGAGCUGAAAAGUGAAAGACUGGCCAACUAUCUUCUGUAGGCAUUGUGGGAGAGCUGCGUGCAAGGGAACUUCUACACCUGCACCCUGUGCCCAGAAUCUCUUAUGGCAACCAACGUCCGCCUGUUCAGAGUUUUGUAGACCAGGUUGUGUUGUAUCUGGAUUCAAAAUUAAAAUGCUCAAAUAAAUCCAACUCUAACCUUCAUAAGUCCACACUGAGAAGAUGAUGAUCACCCGACAUGCCUGGUGCUGUCAGCAAAACUAAACAGCCUACUCCUAAGCUGAACAAGAGUGGACCAGAGAACAAGACAAAAGCUGGUGACGAUGUAUUCAUUGUACAAAGCCCGGUGGACCCAUCACCAGAACCUCCUCAAAAUGUUGAGGUUUCUGCAGAGAAAACAACCGUUUCAGACGAAGCUCCUUCAAAUAAGAAAGCCCAAAACAUUGUUCCAACAGUGGAGAUUAUGUGACUCCAACAUAGUAUUAAGAUAAGUCUUUUGUCAAAAUAAAAACCGAGUAUAAAGAUGCAGUUGCAUAUUUGAGUUUCUAAGUGUUAGUCCAAUAAUGAUGUCGUUCCUUAUUUUUUUGUCCAACCCAUCAUGAUUGGUUAUUGUCGUUUCAUGUUUUAGUUGGUUUUAAAACAGCUUGGGUUUUAAUGGUAUGAGUUUUAAGACGUAAAAUUCAAUAAUAUUGUCACCACCUGAAUUUGGACGGAAAUUUUAAUACUGUGAAGCACACUGCACUACUGCAGGAGGCUAUAGCAUAAAUUCACAUAAACAUGCAGAGGCUAUAGAAUAAAUUCACAUAAACAUUACUGAAGACAUCCAUUAUAUGGCACUAGCUUUGUGUUGCUUUCCUGUCAAACAACAUGAUCAUUUUCUUCAUCGUCGUUCCUUAGAAUUUUCUCUGAUCUAUUAAAAAAGCAUAAUAAUACAAUACCAAAUCAAGUCAAUGAAACAUUUUACAAAAAUUAUGUAUGUAUUCGUCAUAUGAUCAAUACAAUUUUUAAAUAUUUUGUCUACAUUAAUCAACGGUAUUUUCAUUUCACAUAAACGAAAGAACUCUGGGUUAAAACAUUGAUGCAGCCAGGUCUACGAGACUUUAUAAUCAGUGCCUGAUAAAGAGGAACUAGAGACACCAACCUUUUAGUUGAACUUUUCUAUAACUUCGUUUGACUUCCUCAGCUCUUUCCGUUUUAUAGAUGUUUUUGGUGAAGUGAUGGGUAUAAAUACUGCUUACGGUGAAGAUUGUUUUUUUUUUUUGAAACUGCUACAAGAGCAUUCAACGUAUUAUGGCAAACGUUGCUUUCACAGGUCCUACCUACUUCUCCGUUUAAUUGGAGACUGAUGCAACUCGGCUGAAUGUAUUCAAAUACACGGAUUGCUUUCACAUUUUCAGGCUGAUGAGUGUAUCUGUUUAUCUUAUUCGAGGCUCCACUUGAAUUUAAAUCCUACAAUUAACCCACGAGUUUAACACAAACCCAUCAAGAACCCGUCAACGCCAUACAGAGAUAUAAAAAUCGCUACUUUGGUAUUGAUUUGGAGUCCUAGAAGCAGAAAUAAUGACUCAACUGAGCUCAAACAAAGUAAACACAAGCUAGAGAGAGCAAAAGCAUAGCAAACAUAGUACUUUUUUUGGAGCACAUAGUAGACAUAGUACUUUAUUCUCUUUACAAAGGAUCUCUCAGUACUACAAAUCUCUUAAAAUGAUUACUAAUAGAUGAACACAAUGAAAUAUAUCUCUCUAAUACAGCAUUAUAAGUUAGCUGUGAAUUGUGAUUAAAAAACCAAAAAAAAAAAAACUAACCUCUUUUCCAAAACUCUUUUGAUGAAGAAGGCUGAUUUGGAUUUAUCUCUUCUCAAAUAUAUUUAAAUGGCGUUUGUUUUAUAGCAUUAAAUAAUUAUAUAUAUCAUAGAAAAGAGUUAUUCUUGGGUUCACUCCCUAGGAGUGAACCUCUAGGUUCACCAACUAAUAGGAUUUCAUUAUUUCAAAUUUGAUAUCUUUUAGAAAAGGAAACAAAAUAUUGUCAAGAUAUAAUAUGUUUUUAAAAUAAAAAGGUUAAAAAAAUUAGAAAAAAUAGUAGUUAGAGAAAAACAAAUUUAAAAAAAAAAAAAUUUAUCGUCGUCAGCAAAACACUAAACCCUAAAUCCUAAUCCCUAAACCUUAAAUCAUAAACCCUUGGGCAAACUUUAAACCUUUGGAUAAUUCAUACUCUAAAUCAAAAACACUAAAUCUUAAAACCCUAAACCCUUGAGUGUUUAGUAUUUUUGAUUUGAAGUUUAGGAUUUAUCCAAGGAUUUAAGGUUUACCCAAGAAUUUAGGAUUUAGGGUUUAGGGAUUAGGAAUUAGGAUUUAGGGUUUAGUAUUUUGGUGAGGACGUUAAAAAUAUAUAUUUUUAAUUACUACUUUUUAAUUUAUUUAUUUUUACCUUUUUAUUUUAAAAAUAUAAUAUAACUUAUAGCUUGAGAAAAUAUUUUAUUUCCUUUUUUAAAAUAUUUCGAAUAUGAAAUAACACAAUCAUAUUGGUUGGUGAACCUAGAGAUUCACCCUAGGAGGUGAACCCAAGAAUAAGUCCAUAGAAAAUAUCAUGAAUUGAGAUCUUACAGAAAAAUCCCAACACAAGUCGAUCCAUUAAUAAGUAUUUUUGCAAAUAAAAUCACAUCAAAGUUUUUUAAGAUAUAGAAAUAAUGGUAAAAUUAAUGAUUUAAGAUAUAGAGAAAAUGGUAAAAUGAUUUCGUGUGGUAAACUAUAUCUUUUGUAACAAAUACUUUUUUGUGUUUUAGAUUUUUGAUGGUUAUGUUACAAAAAAUUAUUUAUGACAACAAAUAUGUCCCAUUAUAAUUAGAUUAGAGAUCAUGAUUAUGUUGAAUGCGAAAAAUCCUGCUAAUUGCCAGUUUGAUGAUUGCAACUUCUUUGAUUAUUUUGAACCAAGCCUGUGUAUAUUCAUUUUGUUUCAACGAUACUUCUUCGGGUAUGAAUGGUGACCACGGUGAGGAAUAAUGCAUUCCUUAACGUUCCUAAAAAAAUUACCAUUCACAAGGAAUAAUAAUUUCCUCUCAUUCCCUUUCAUUCCUUUUUUUGUAGAGAAUUUAAGAACAAAAUUAUUCCUUGUUAAAUUUGAUAAGGAACAACCAUUCCUUUUCAUUCCUGAUAUUUUGUUACCCGUACAUUCCUUUUUUAUUCGUUUUUCUUGAUUUCCGAAUGGUCACCCGUCAGACCCUUAUUCUCUUUUUGUGAGAAAAACAAAUAGUAUUUAAUCAUUAAUUAACUGAGUAAGGAAAAUAUUUGUUUAAUUCAUCUAACACAAAAAAUACCUUGGAAUGAAAAAGAUUAGCGAAAUCGUUUUAACAGUAAUAAAAAGGUGAGGAAAACAAUCAUAAGUAAAUAAAAAAAUAGUGCCACCCUUCACAUCAACAUUAUACGUCCCCCAUCAUAGCCUAAAUUUCCAAGCAUGUAAUUUUGUUCAGCAUGGACAACUGUACUGUUAUGGAUACAUAUGAUAGAAAACACCUUCAAUAAAAUAUCAAUUAUGAUCCAUUUAUUUGACAAAAAGCGAUCCCUUGAAUUUAUAAUUCACAAAUAUAACCAAACAAAAAAACUAAAAAUAAAAAUAAAUAUAUCGCUGAAAUAACUAACAAAUAUAACCAAAAAUGUAUAUUAAAAAUAACAAUAUAAAUUUAGCAAAAAAAUAAUAUAUCUCAUUAUUUGUUCGUUUAUAAUGUUAUUUUCAGUCUAUACUGUUUUUAAAUGCUUUAUAAAUUAAUAUAUUAUUAUAUAAAAAAUACAAAUUUCCGCCCGUAGGGCGGGCCAACCUCUAGUGAACUCAUAAACUCUCUUAGAUACCACAAGUAUAUUUGGUAUGUUAUCAGUAAAACAUUUUUUAAUAUUAUAUAGUUAAGAUUUGUUUUGAGUUGUUUUAACCAUUGAGGUUGUUUCUAAGGAUAGUUAUUUUUUUUUUGAGUUGUUUUAACCAUUUAUGUGAUUAUAUAUUUGGUAGAUUAUUUUACAUUGUUUAAAAUAAUAUACAUUUUAAAAUAUUAGCAAAUAUGACUUAUACAAUAUUGUUAAUGAAUUAAUUAAGAGACCAUGUCAAACUCUUAUUAUGACUUUUCACUAUAACCUUAGUUGGAAAAAUCUCUGUCCAUGUGAAGUGACACAUUUGCUGAUGGCUUACCCCCUAACUGGUCCCACCACCCUCUUGAGUCCUUCUUCCUCGCUUCUUCUCCAAAGCCUUCACAACUUUUCAAACACCUCUCUAUAAAAACUCCAUUUAAAAAAAAAAAUAGUAAUAUCUUAACUAUUCUUUGGGAUUCAGAAGCAUGAAGAGCUUACUGUCUUUUCAAGCUCUUGUCCUAUUUCUACUAUUAGCCGGCUCGGAGCUAGCCUCGGGUCAAACCGACACCAGAAAUGAGCAGUAUAGUUACGGAACCGGGCUAAGUCCCGCCAUGGCUGUAGCGAUCGUUGUCGUGAUCGCUAUUCUCUUCUUCAUGGGGUUCUUCACCGUCUACCUCCGCCGCUACACGGGGGCAGUCGACGGCAGCGUUAAUAAUCCUAGAGUAGGAGCGAGGAGAGUGGCGCACGCGACGGUGGCGCGUGGUCUCGACGCGUCGGUGAUCGAGACGUUUCCGACGCUCGUGUACUCGGAAGUGAAGACGCAGAAGAUCGGGAAAGGUGCGUUGGAGUGUGCGAUUUGUCUGAACGAGUUCGAAGAUGACGAAACGCUGUGUUUGCUUCCUAAAUGCGAUCACGUGUUCCACCCUCACUGUAUCGGAGCUUGGCUCGAGGGUCACGUGACCUGUCCGGUUUGCCGCACGAAUCUCGCUGAACCGGUCGAACCGGAUUUAGUAAUCGAAAUUGAUAUCGAGUCGCAGCAAUCGGUGGUGGUUCCUGAACCGGCGGUGGAGCUCGGCGGGAGUGUUGCUACUACACGUGUCAAAUUCUCGAGGUCGCAUACGACGGGACAUUCGGUGGUAUCGCCUGGAGAAUGUACCGAGCGGUUUACGUUAAGGUUACCGGAAGAUUUAAGGAAGAAGAUCAUGGCGAGUUGGAAGAUGAACCGGUCGAAUAGUCUAUUGGUUCUACCGAGGGGAGGAAGCUCUAGAAGUGGUAAACCGGUUGACCGAUCAAGGGCUCGGUCGGACCGGUGGUUGUUCCGCAAAACACAAUCGUUUAUGUGGAGGAGUCGGGACGAUGGUUCAAUUAGGCUAGGUGGUACAUGUAGCAUUAGAGCAGUAACCAGUCCGACCGGUGAUACGGUACGAGCAGACCGGUGGAAUUUUCUUAGAAACCCGUCGUUUUUGUGGAGGACUACACCGGUUCCUUCGCCAAGAAUUGAAGUUAAAAAGGAUGGUGAAGGAACAUCAUCGGUUUAAGUUCAACAUACCGGUACAGUUGGUUUAGCUAGCGGUACUGUUAGGUUGCCGGUUUAAUUGGUUAGAACUUUUUUUCUAUCAGAACUACAAUAGAUUUGUGUGCAUCAUUCAUACAAUACAUUUUACGCAAUUCUUUAAUUUUAUUUAUCUUUUUCUGGUAAUAUAUUAAAUGUUAAUAGACUCAGUCCCAUGGACAAGGAGUAUUGUAUUUUUUGUGCUUUUCUUCAUAAAGAAAAAAUCGACUUUUGUAACAUCUCCUUUAUUCAUAUAUUUUGUUUACUUUCUUUAUUCA